CGGACGUCGCGGCUGAGGCUGUCCGGCGGCGGCGAAGCUGGAGCGGCGGUGGCGGCGGCGGCGGGAGGCCGGGGCCGGGGCUGAGGCCGGGGCAGGGACCGCGAGGCCCGCGGGGCGGCAGGCGGCGGCCCGGGCGGCGAGCCCGGAGGCGGGAGCGGCCGCCAUGGCCGAGAGCAUCAUCAUCCGUGUUCAGUCCCCGGACGGGGUGAAGCGCAUCACAGCGACGAAGAGGGAGACGGCCGCGGCGUUCCUGAAAAAGGUCGCCAAGGAGUUCGGCUUCCAGAAUAACGGCUUCUCAGUGUACGUCAACAGAAACAAGACCGGAGAGAUCACAGCGUCCUCCAACAAGUCCCUCAACCUGCUGAAGAUCAAGCAUGGCGACCUCUUGUUCCUGUUUCCAUCGAACCUGCCGGGACCCUCGUCAGAAAUGGAGACUUCGACCUCGAUGAACUUGAAGGCUCCCAACGUGGUGGAAGAUGAGAUCGACCAGUACCUGAGCCGGCAGGACGGGAAGAUCUACCGGAGCCGAGACCCACAGCUGUGCCGCCACGGGCCACUGGGCAAGUGUGUGCACUGCGUUCCGCUGGAGCCGUUCGAUGAGGACUACCUAAACCACCUGGAGCCGCCGGUGAAGCACAUGUCCUUCCACGCCUACAUCCGGAAGCUGACCGGGGGCGCUGACAAGGGGAAGUUUGUUGCCCUGGAGAACAUCAGUUGCAAGAUUAAGUCGGGGUGUGAGGGACACCUCCCGUGGCCCAAUGGGAUCUGCACCAAGUGCCAGCCCAGCGCCAUCACGCUGAACAGACAGAAAUACAGACACGUGGACAACAUCAUGUUCGAGAACCACACGGUCGCUGACCGCUUCCUUGACUUCUGGAGGAAGACGGGGAACCAGCAUUUCGGGUACCUGUAUGGGCGGUACACGGAGCACAAGGACAUCCCACUGGGCAUCCGGGCCGAGGUGGCCGCCAUCUACGAGCCUCCGCAGAUUGGCACACAGAACAGCCUGGAGCUUCUCGAAGACCCCAAAGCCGAGGUGGUGGACGAAAUCGCUGCCAAGCUGGGCCUGAGGAAGGUUGGCUGGAUAUUCACAGACCUCGUCUCGGAAGACACCCGCAAGGGCACCGUACGGUACAGUCGGAACAAGGACACCUACUUCCUGAGUGCGGAGGAGUGCAUCACCGCCGGGGACUUCCAGAACAAGCACCCCAACAUGUGCCGGCUCUCUCCGGACGGCCACUUCGGCUCCAAGUUUGUCACUGCUGUGGCCACAGGCGGUCCGGACAACCAGGUGCACUUCGAAGGCUACCAGGUGUCCAACCAGUGCAUGGCGCUGGUGCGGGACGAGUGCCUGCUGCCCUGCAAGGACGCGCCCGAGCUCGGCUACGCCAAGGAGUCCAGCAGCGAGCAGUACGCGCCCGACGUGUUCUACAAGGACAUAGACAAGUUUGGCAACGAGAUCACCCAGCUGGCCCGCCCGCUGCCCGUGGAGUAUCUGAUCAUCGACAUCACAACCACGUUCCCCAAGGAUCCAGUUUACACCUUUUCUAUCUCACAAAACCCGUUUCCUAUCGAGAACCGCGACGUGUUAGGGGAAACGCAGGACUUCCAUAGUUUGGCCACCUACCUGUCGCAGAAUACCUCCGCCAUGUUCUUGGACAUCAUCUCGGAUUUCCACCUCCUGCUCUUCCUGGUCACCAACGAAGUCAUGCCUCUGCAGGACAGCAUCAGCUUGCUGCUGGAGGCCGUGCGGACCCGGAACGAGGAGCUCGCCCAGACCUGGAAGAAGUCGGAGCAGUGGGCCACCAUCGAGCAGCUCUGCAGCACAGUUGGGGUGCAGCUUCCGGGCCUCCAGGAGUACGGAGCCGUUGGGGGCUCCUCUCAUGCCACCACGGCCGCCAUGUGGGCCUGUGAGCACUGCACCUUCAUGAACCAGCCGGGCACUGGCCACUGCGAGAUGUGCAGCCUCCCCAGGACCUAGGGCUUCGGCCCCGCUGGCAGGACUGGGCCCGCCCGCUCUGAAGCCAGCGACGUGGAGCCGGCCGCUCCUUGUGGGGCCGGGGCCGCCCUGUGGUCUCCGGCCCCGAAGCCUCUCACACCAGGCUUCCCUGGAGGAUGGAGCCGUCCCAGCAGAGGGCAGAUGGCCGCGGACGCCUCUCGGGGGGAGGACUGGCGCCUCGACAUCUCUGCCUGCAGGGGGGUGCUUGCUGCUGCCCCAGCCUCCUCCGUCCUCUGGACGCUGUUUGCUCUUGCUGGCCUCUGUAGCCUGUUCUCUGGGGCAGACCCUGCUGUGGGGCCACUUCCCGCCCAGUAGCCAUGGUCUGGUGGGAACACAAGUGGCCAUGGGCUCACGGCCUCCAUCUGCUUGGCCUGCAGGUCACUUUGCUGCCCGCCCCCUCCCGCUCUCUAGGCCUCCAGGUGGGAUUUUAAAGUUGGCAUUGGUUGUAAUAACAGUUAUCAGUAAUUCCUGCCCCAAAGACUUAUUUAUUUUUCUAAAGAUAAAAACUGCAGAAAAGGGGAGUGAGAGGGACUAGCUUCCGCUUCCUUCCCUCCAGGGAGUCCCUGGGGGAGUGCAGGGCGGUGUGUGCAGACGGGGAGCCACAGUCCCUUCUCCUUGGAAGUAACCUCAGUGCCUGAGACUUCUGCCUGGUGCACGGCUUCGGCCGCCGAAGCCCAGGCCAUCCGAGCAGGGCACAGCCUGGCUCCCUCCAGGCAGGCCCUCCAGCCGCCGAGGCAGCUGGCCAGGCUGCUGGGGUGAACGAGGUUGCCCAGGACUGGAAGCUCUGGCCCCCUUAGCCCCCAUACAGUUGUGGGGGCCUCGCCCGGCUCUGGCCUCUGACAGUGACGUGGCCGUUGAGACUGGCCUGCGGGGAGAGGGGGCCUGGCCAGUGUGAGCCACGUGGGUCUGCCAGGGUGUUGGAAGGUUGCUGCUGUGCUGAUGGUGCAAGUCUGGGCCAUGCCACGUGUGCUCUGGAUCCCCGCACGUCCUCGGUGGCACCCUGCCCCAGGAAACUGCGGGCACUCUGAUGCCUCUUUGCCUUAAUGAGAGCCACUGAGCUGCUCUGCACCUGCUUAGGAGCCCCACGUCUGCCCUGGGAGCCGGCCUGGGGCUCCUCCCCACCUGCCCCGUGCAAGGAGGCGCUUGGUGUUGGCUGCAGUGGGCACGGCCGCUGGCACCUCCAGUGCGCAGCACGGAGUUGUCUGCUUGUCGGCGGGUGGGGACGGAGGCUGGUCUGGGGCAGGGGGCAGAGCACAGCCACCGCAUGGACCGCGGUCGCCCUCCCAGCAGGCCUGCCGGGGCCCUGGCCGCUGGUCCCUGCGGCCAGAUGGGGGCUGCAGGGGAGCCCACGCCGGACCUCACUCGGACCUGCUCAGACCUCGCGGCCCCAGGCUCUCGAUCUGCCCCGCUAGCUUCUCACCAGCAUUCUCACUCCCGUCCGGCAUCACGGAAUUCCCAUGUUCCUGUGUCUUUUAGCUAAAGAAAAAGCAUUGUGAUUCUCUG